UAACUUGUGUCUACGUAUCAAUUUCAUUUAUGAAUUUAAUAUUUUCUGUCUAUUGUACUUUAGUUUUUUUUAAGCAUACGAUCAUAAUUUUACUUCGAUGGAUUAGAACUAAUAUACAAAGGUUGUUAUUUUGUUGAAUUCUAUCUGUUUGAUGCCUCCAUCCAUAUUGAAGUGUGAUGACAGCGAUAAAUAAACUAAACAGUGGUAAAUAGAUUAUACGGACCAAACAAAUAUGGCGGAGAAGAGAGGCAGUUCGAAAUCGAGGAAUUAUUUUCCCACAGAUGACAUAGACAGUAUGGAUGCAAAUGCUGACUCUGUCUCCGACAAUGAAGAAUAUACCAGUGUGCGAUCAAGCAAGGACAAGAAAUCUGAUGAUUGGUCAACUGUAAAUAAGAAGCUGAGAGAGCAUGGACUACAGCCACUCAAGUUUCAACACCCAGCUGAUAUUCAUCAUACCUCAGGUUCAAUGACAUGCCUGGAUAGCAAUAAUAACAAGAUGGCGAGAGAGAACUUCUUGUCACUGAUGUCAGACUGUGAUCACAGACAAACACUUGUACAGGACCUCAUUACUAAAAAUAACCAGCUUAAAGAAGAUUUGGACAGGCAAACAGAACUCACAGAAAAAUACUUCAGUAAAAUGAAGGAUCUGAAAAUCAUGCUGGAAAGUUCAAGAGCAAGGGUCAAGGAAUUAGAGUCUGACGAACCUGGAAGGUCACAGACAGAUGAUAUCUGGGACAGUACCGAGCGUGUAAAGAACACAAGGUCAGCUGUCGUGGCCAAGAAUAAGGAUCUGGAAUAUAAAUGCAAACAACAAGAGAGAGAACUGGAAAGAUUAAAAGAAAAACUGCAUAACAUGUCUCAACAGGAUGAAAGACGCAAUAAGAGAGUAGCAGAAGUAUUUCAGGAAUUUCGACGUAGAACGGCUCGCGCUCAUCAUACUAUGGAUGACAAACUUUUGGAUGUGAUUGAUACAUAUGAGCGACAGUUACAAAAUUUGCAGAGAGAUUUAGAAAUGUACAGAUCUGGUGGAGAUAUGGAAAGAUCUGAAGGUUCUGGAGAUGAGGGUUCAUCAUUCUAUUCUGUAUCCAAGGAACAAGACACCACUGGCAACUUUAAAAAACUAGUCAGGGCCUAUGAGAAGCAAAUAAAGGAAUUGAAUAAACAAGUGAAAAAACUGGAAGAGGAGAAAGAGCUCAUUAAACUUGAUGUUGGUGCUAGACCUGAGGUAAAAGAUUACAGAGUUGCACAGUUACGAAUGAAGAAGUUAGAGAAAUUACUUGCAUUACACAACAUCAGCAUACCUGGUGAGAAGUUAAAAACAGACCCCUACAGAUUGAAAAGGAAGUUCAGCACCAGACUAGAAGAUCUUGAUUACAUCCCUUUAGAUCUAUGUCAUCAAUAUCUCAAGGACAUUGGUACUGAGUUAAAGGUGAAAGAUUUAGAGACAGUUAUCCCUAGAAUACAAAGGGUAACAAAAGAAUUGGAAGAAGUUCAUAAAUAUGAACAGUUCUGUCGUACAGUACAGGAGGUUGUGAAUAGCUUAGCAGAUAACAAGCGUAAGGAGAAACUAGGUGGCACUAAACGCAGUCACCUGUCCUCGGAUACCCUCAACCAUCUUGUUACUGUCAUAGAAAACUGGAAAGAAGAUGAAGAAGGCCUGCAGGAGCUACAGAUGUCUAUAAACAGGCUAGGAGAUAGAUGCGCCCCCUGGUUGAAGAUACGUCUAGUAGGGGAGCCAACUAUGUCACAGAUUACCUCAGCAGUUGAUAAAAUUGUAUAUGAUGAUGGUGUAGAGGAACAGGCUGGUCAGGAGCACCCCAAUAGGUCAGUGUUAGAGAACAUUGUCUCGCAUUUCCAGACGUUAUUUGAUGUACCUAACAUCUCUGGAGUGUUCCCUAGAAUGAACCAGAUCUUUACAAAGCUAGGAGAGGUGCAUAAUGUCCUCAAUACACUCAAAAAUCUUCUUGGACUAGGUAAAGAUGUGAAGUCCUCGGCUAUUGUAGACAGUGUUGGACGUCUGGUCCAGCAACACAACACAACUACCGUACAACAUCUAAAAAACCUACUCCAAACUGAAGACCUUGAUGGUGUAAUUAGAAGGUUACAGGAGCAUCAAGAAUUUUUCCCAGCCUUCUAUGAAAUUAUGAAUAAAUUGAUAGAAAUUUUAGAUGUAAGAAGAAUGGACCAAGUUAUCCCAGCAGUAAGAGCGCUCAAACUCCUUGCCAAUUAAGGACAGUAACUCAGGACAUCAGACUUAUUAUCUCCCUUUAGCUAUUAUAUACAAUUUUAUCAAAGGGGAGUAACUUUGGAUUUUACUAUUUAUAACCCCUAAGAGAGUUGUCUCCCACACACUGCAGCAACUAAAGGCAUUUAUAUUGUGAAGAGAACAUUUUUUUUCAUUUUUAAACAUUAAAAGUGUUCCUUGUCAGUGAUAUUUUAUAUAUCCCAGGCCUUAUUCUUUACUCUUCCACGCCUAAAAUGUAGGCCAGAAAAAUUCUAUGUUAAUGAAAUCAAUUCUUCAUGAAUAUUAGUUUUGUACUAUGACUAUUGUAUACAAAAAGAUCUGAGUAUUCUUUUGGCAUUUUGGCAUAGUUUUAUAGUUGUAAAAAGGUUUAAAGUGACAUUAUGCCCAUUCAAGCGAAAAUGGUGGGUGAAGGUCAAAGUGAAAAUAACUUUUGAUUUUAACAUAAUUAUCUUAAAUUUUUAAGUCUAGGUCAUAUGUGUGUAAGAAAGAAUCUACAUGACUCGCAGAAAUUUUUAAAAAUAUCCCUCGAAAUAAUUAUAUCUGUAAUUUUCAAUUGAUAACAAGAGUGGGGAAGACUUUUUACAUUUAAUGCAGUUGUUAAAUUUUAUCCUAAACAUUUUUCAUUAGCAAUUAUUUGCCAAUGACUGUUAUAAUAGUCAAUUCUUUUUAAUAUAUAGCCAACUCAGCUCAACUCUACAACAGAAAAAUGUGCAUAAUGUCACUUAAAGAUUACAAAAAAUGAGCAUAAUGUCACUUUAAUAAUACCAUGUCACUUUAAGAUUAUGAGUCUUAACAAAAUAUCAAAUGUGCUGUGGAAACUUGUCUUUUUUGACAUAUUUUCUGUGAUAUUUUUAAUGGCAGCAAGUCAUUCAUUUAUGUAUGUAUAUUUAUUGUUUUUUCUUCAUGUUAUAUGUAUGCUUUUAAUUAAUAAGUUUUGAAUAUUUUUUCUUGUUUUAACAGAUAAGUUUGUUUUUAGAUUACUCUGUGUUAGUAGUAAGAUAUCUGUAUUGUUUUGCAGAGGUGUUUGUGAACAUAAUUUGAUGUAAAUGUUUUCAUAGAUUGAUUGUCAAAUACAAAGAAAUAGUUUAAUUUCAACAAAAAUACCGCAAUAAAAAGGAAUAGUUUUAAUUCAACAAAAAUAUUGUUAAAAAAAGAAAGAAAUAGUUUUAAUUGAACAAAAAUACAGUUAACAACAAACAAAUAUUUUAGUUCAACAAAAAGUACUGUAAAAUACAAAGAACUGCUUUGAAUACAACAAAAAUACUGUAAAAUACAAAGAAAUAGUUUUUAUUCAACAAA